AUGGAACUUGGUUUUCAGGAGCACAUACCUUGUGUCAGACAUGCUAAACCUGCAUCAGCCAGUCGGCCUUCAGCAAAGGGAGGGCAGGAACCAGCUCAGCAGCCAGUGCAGGUAGCAACUGCUCCUCUCAGCAUCCCCUCAGAGUUGAGCAAAACUGUAGAGACCACGUUUGAAAAAUCCAACAGUCUUGGAUCUCAAAUCUCUGGCUUAGUGAGACUCAGCCGGGGCCUUGAGCUGGUGCAGUUAAGAGGCGCAGCAACCGAGCACAGCAAAUGCUGCUGCACGCGCCUGGAGCUGAAGGAAGGGGCCCGUGCAGCACUGGCAUCCUUGGAUGCACAAAGCACUUGGCAGGUUUCUGCACUUGCAACUCUGACAUGCGUUCAUUCUCAAGAGGCACGAAGCGAGGAACACGGCGACAUUGGCGGACCGCGGAACAUCGAGGGUUGGGCGGAGGAACAUUGCCCAAGCACUUCUCCACGAGCUCCAGGAUUUAGUGUGAAGUCUUGCCCCCUCCCCCACCCCAAAAUAGCUUUCACAAUCCAGCACAGCCCCUUGCUCCAAUCAGACACUUCGUCCAAGUUGGAAGCAGUUAAACUACAAGUUGGAGUCACCGUUCCCCAGACAAGCGAGCACACUACCAGCACCAGUCUCAAACACACUCGCCCUAUUUUAUUUACACGCCCUGGCCGCGAGCGCGCCCCCACCAACUCCCACCGACCUCAAUUGGAGGCAACCAACCCCGUAUAUAAGGCGCGCGAGCCUCCGAAUACACGCCAGAAGAGGUUCCGGCUCCAGAAAAGCACCCCUCGUGGGCGCUGGUCCCAGCCAAAGGCCGGAUCCCGGGAUCGCCAAGACCCCGGGACAGAGUCUGCAGAAGCGCGACGUUUCAUUGACAGCAGUCAGGGCAUGGAGCACAGCCACCGCGGCACUGGCUACCACAGCCUGGGAGUCGACGAGGACAGAGAAGAACUGCAUGAUUUGAAGGCUACCAUGACCGCGAAGGUUGUAAGCAGGGAAGAGGGGGGUACCGAACCUGAGCCCGGAGCAGCAGCAGCCGCAGACUACCUCGGCGCGGCAGAGCCCAACCUCCUGGACGACGAAAACCGUGAGGACGUCGGCCGGCUCGAGCCCCCGCAGCAGCUGCAGCUGGAGGAGCCAGCUCCCCCGGCCGCUGAGGGGCCACAGAUCGUGGCGAGAAGGCGGCGCCGCUACCGUACUGUGUUCACCGAGUUGCAGCUACAGGAGCUGGAGAUCGUCUUCCACCGCACUCAAUACCCCGACGUGUUCGCGCGAGAGGAGAUUGCAGGUCGCCUGAAUUUGACUGAAGCCAGAGUGCAGGUCUGGUUUCAGAACAGAAGGGCCAAGUGGAGAAGGCACCGUAGGGCACUCAUGUUUGGAAAUCUGGCCCCCGUUGCCUUGGGCCCCCCUGUGGGGAUAAUCUUUGAAGGGCCCUAUCAUGCCCUCCCUCUCCUAGAGCCUGCCUGGGGAUGCAUUCCUGUGGUGCCACAGCCAGUCAUGCCACCCAGGCCCCUCCAGCCACUUGUGCUACCUGAGCCACGACCUCUGCCACUCAGGCCACAGCCUCUGCCACCCAGGCCACCCAUGAUGCCUGUGCCACCCCCACCACCUGUGCCUCCCUUUGCUCUGGCCCCUGUAGGUGUGGCGUGGGCCCCUGUCAUCAACGGUCAUUACGCAGGUCCCAUUUUCUGAACACAGUGUGCAUGGCAUUUUUUCCCCACGUAUCUUUCUGCCAGAUAUAAAAUUGUGCACAGCACAUCAAAGGAAUUCAUCCAAAACCUGUUAAAUGAAUUGAGUAAAUGAACAAAAUCAGCUCCUGUUGUUUGGGGAGGGCACAUUGUAGUUUAAAUAAAGACGCAAAUUGACAACA